UAUCCUGGUUCAUGAAGUGAAAGCUUUACUUCAUAUCGUAGAACAUUGGGACUAGAGUUUGUUAUGAAGGAGAGCAGCUUUAUGGUCUAAAUAGUCUGCCUAUAAGCGACCUCCACCAGCAGAACGGGAGUCUUUGGAAACUUCAGACAUCAUGGAGGAAUGUCAAAAUGGAAUGUCAGUGGAUUUGUUCCUGCAUUGCUCUCUUGUUCCCGCUGUAUGCAUUGUGUUUCUGCUCUCAUUUGUACAACACAGAGCAAGGGCUCAGCCCUUUGAGGAUCGCUUUCCAUAUCUCAGGGGUCGAUUUGGCAUUGUGGUGCCGUUGGAUUUCAUUUGCAGUCUAAGUAACCGAUGGUCUUAUGGUUUCGCAUUUGGAGCUAUUGCUCCCAGUGUGAUUCAGCUUUUCUCUGAGUCCUAUACACCAUUUACUGUGCCUAACUGGGCUAAAGCCAUUGUGUACCUGGUAGGAGCAAUAGAAGUUGGUGUGGCCUACCUGCCUUUCUUUGCUUGUCUUUCCACACCGCACCGAUUACUUGGAGGGGUUUUAGGUCUUCUUUACACACUCACAUGGCUCAUUGUGAGACUGUAUGACACGAUAAGCUGUCCCUCUGGAAGGAUUUUAGGUUCUUACGAGAAAUUGAUCAUCAUGUGGCCAUUCUUCCUGUGUCUGUUUUUCCUGCUGGGACGGUUUGUGUAUAUUAUAGUGAAGGCUGUAAGAAUCCACCUGCAGCUACUAACUGAAGAGAAUGAAGAGGAUCUAAACUUCCAUCAGUUCAUAUAUGUACAGACUCUACUGAGACGGCCCCCUGAACGGCCAGAAAAAAAGAGUUGGUUUCGAAGGAAUGUGUACGACUGGGAUCCUCACUUUAAAUUCCCCAACAGAAUGAUUGGCACAUCUAUCAUCUCUAUUAUUGGCUUGUACAUGUUGACCCUAGCAGACUACAGCUUGAGUGACUACACCUUUGACAGACUAGAUACUUUGAUAAACUCACUUGCAGACAUUGCAUCAUCCUGUAAUGAAACAGACAAUGUGUUCACGUCACUCAUUCCCAGGAUGAAGGAGUUUAGUUUCGUAGCAAGAAGGUCUUGGUUGGCGACAACUAUUUUUUCCACUCUGACAUCUGUUACUUACACUUUUCACGUUCUAGUAUGUUACAGGAAACAUUUAAAGAGGCUGUGGAGGGGACAGAAAGCGUUUCUUCCAGAGAAGUUCCAUAAUCCAAGCCCGGCCGUUAGCGUAGCUGCUAUAACAAGAUAUUCAGGCUGGCAGAUUGCCUUCACUAUGUGGGGGUUUCUGAUAGUUCACUUUGUGCAGUUUCUGUUUGCCUUGCUGUUUGUGUAUGGAGUCGUUCUACCGAUCCAGAAGGGGCACUUUCUCAGCUGGCUUUCUAGUGUAGGCAUCAUUCUGCUGACAAUACUCUUAGUGAUAGCCUUGGUGAUAGUGCAGAUUAUUCUGGUCCAAGUGUUUUUCCUGCAGGACAAACUCAAACCUGAAGACAAAGAAAAGCCACUUGCACUCAACAACAGAAAAGCCUUCCACUGCUUCAACUACUUUUUCUUCUUCUAUAAUGUGAUUAUGGGGUUGAGCAACUGCAUUUUGCGCCUGUUAAGCAGCUGCGUUGUGGGUACGUGGCUGGUGUCACGCAUUGACCGGACCAUCAUGCAGCGGGGCUAUGAAUCCAUGGAUCCAGGAUAUAGUACGUGGAUUGGGAUGAUAUUUGCUGAUCAUUAUCAUAGCAACCCAGUUAUGGUGUCUUUCUGUCAUCUGCUGCUUGGCAGAAAAAUGGAGAAACAAGGAGCUGCAGUGCCCUCUUAUGCAACCUUUAGCAACAACACAGGAUGUUCAGUAGGGGGAAGAGUACGUGUGCGCUGGCUCCUGCUGUACACUCUGCUGAGAAACCCUGCACUCAUCCUCCUGAGAAAGAGAAAAAAGCUGAACCCAAACGACAGCCAAGACCCACUCCUCUUUGCCCGAGCCAUCACCUCACAGGCUCAACAAGCAGCUGAACUGGAAAACAAUAAAACUGCAGAAACAGAACCAACGCAGUCAGACAUCUGAAUCCGGUUCCUCAGUGUGAACACAGGCUGCUUGAUUUAAAAUUGGAGUUCUGUGUCUUUGACUAUUGCACUACUGACAAAAUUAACCUGUAGGGGAUAUAGACUUUGCUUUUUGAUACGACGGGCAAGAAUGAGAAUCUGCUUCCUUCAAUACGUAACUGCACUCAUCAAAGCCACCACAUGUGGCCUUGAAGACUGAAUUUUACCAGAGAACUGGAGAUUAUACAUUCGAGGUCUAAUGGUUUUUGUGAGCUUCUGAAACAAAUUUGAAUUUGAAUUACGUGUUUGUUGGUCAAAUAGUGUUUUGUAAUAAAGAAUGUGAAAGCUU